ACUAGCUUGAAUGCUCAGUCUAUGGUCAGUCUGGUCUGGUUUGGAGCAGGUUGGAAGAUGGCUCUCAUCAUACAACAUUUCCUGCUGGGCCUCCUUCUCCUGGGAACAAACGUGAUCAUCAGUAUUUAUGCUCAGGAGAACCCUGGGGCGUGGACUAACAAGUCCUGCAAAUGUGAUUGUGAUGGAGGCGAAUCGCAGACGGAGGUUUACUCCAUUGGGUCUGGCUCAUCUUUGGUGCGAGGAGUGGACUGCAUGCCGGAGUGUCCCUACCACAGACCUCUUGGCUUUGAGGCUGGAUCAGUGAGUCAAGAACAGAUUACCUGCUCCAACCAGGACCAGUACACUGGCUGGUUCUCCUCAUGGGUACCGAGUAAGGCGCGACUCAACAGCCAGGGCUUUGGCUGCGCCUGGCUGUCUAAGUUCCAGGACAGCAGUCAGUGGCUGCAGAUUGACUUAAGGGAAGUGACGGUGGUGUCAGGGAUUCUCACUCAGGGCCGCUGUGAUGCCGAUGAGUGGAUUACCAAGUACAGUGUUCAGUACAGAACAGAUGAGAAGCUCAACUGGAUCUAUUACAAAGACCAGACUGGAAACAACAGGGUCAGUUAA